AAUGCUGUAGGGACCGGGCGGCCUGUCCUCACAGCCGGACCGUUAUCCGUGCCAGGGGCCACUGGGAAGCCCGGAUCUGCCUGCAAGAUGCCACGCUCCUUCCUGGUCAAGAAGCAUUUCAAUGCCUCCAAAAAGCCAAAUUACAGCGAACUGGACACACACACAGUGAUUAUUUCCCCCUAUCUCUAUGAGAGCUACCCCAUGCCUGUCAUCCCACAACCAGAGAUCCUCAGCUCCGGAGCGUACAACCCCAUUACUGUGUGGACUACAACGGCCCCGUUCCAUUCCCCGCUGGCGAAUGCCCUCUCUCCUCUCUCUGGAUACCCCUCAGCCUUGGGGCGAGUUAGUCCCCCUCCUCCAUCCGACACCUCAUCCAAGGACCACAGUGGCUCGGAAAGUCCAAUCAGUGACGAAGAGGAAAGAAUACAGUCCAAGCUUUCCGACUCGCAUGCCAUUGAAGCUGAAAAGUUUCAGUGCAAUUUAUGCAAUAAGACCUAUUCAACGUUUUCCGGGCUGGCUAAACAUAAGCAGCUGCAUUGCGAUGCCCAAUCUAGGAAAUCCUUCAGCUGCAAAUACUGUGACAAGGAAUAUGUGAGCCUGGGAGCCCUUAAGAUGCACAUUCGGACCCACACCUUACCUUGUGUCUGCAAGAUCUGCGGCAAGGCGUUUUCUCGACCCUGGUUACUUCAAGGACACAUUAGAACUCACACUGGGGAGAAGCCUUUUUCUUGCCCUCACUGCAACCGAGCAUUUGCGGACAGGUCAAAUCUGAGGGCUCAUCUGCAGACCCACUCUGAUGUAAAGAAAUACCAGUGCAAAAACUGCUCCAAAACCUUCUCGCGAAUGUCUCUUCUGCACAAACACGAGGAAUCAGGCUGCUGCGCAGCCCACUGAGUGAUGCAAUCAUUGUUGACUGGGAUAGAAUGCAUUUCUUCAACUCCAACUCCAAACGAUCGCUAAGAGUCCAAAGGCAUUUUCUAUUGUGCUUACCAACCAAAAAAAAUGCGUGUGCGCAUGCUCAUGUGCACACACACACACACACACACACACACACACACAGAGACACAGCUGAAAAUCACGACAUCCAUCUGUCUAAAGUUAAUCCUUUCCAUGUGAAGUUUAACAUUUCUGUCUAUUUACUGACAGCUUGAUUGAGAGGAUAAAAGACAAAAAUCUUUCUUUUCAAAGAAGAAGCAAAACGUACUGUACAUCUUUAAAAAUAAUUAAUUAAAUAAGUACAAGGAGGGAAGGUUGCAAAGAUUUAUAUUGCUGCCAAAUCAUUUCAACUGAAGUAUUGCUUUAUAAUAGAGUUCGUAAUAGAAUUUCCUAUAGGAAAAGAAUCUGCCAAACACUAUCUCAGGUGCCUUGCAAAAAAGUAUUCCAAGUUUACUUCAUUACGUGUUUGCUGUCUGGUUGUUAUGUUAAAAUAAGGCCUUUUUGUUUAUCUGUAAUGCUUAAAACUGUAUUUUAACAGAGGUUAAAGCAAAAGGAAUGAAUGAAACAGAAAUGAAUGUAUUAAAAAAUUUAUUAUUUUAAGGGGGUUGUUUGUUGUUGUUGUUUGUUGUUGUUUGGUUUUGCCAGUGAAGAGUAUGUGCCUUAGGGGAGGUGAAAAAAUGAGCUUUAAACAUUCCUGGUGCAUGCUUGAUCCGUGUCUUAGGUUUUUAAAGAUAUUUUAAUGAUUUUCUAAACUUCAGUAAAAAUGGGAAUAAGUGCAAGAGAGAAUUCUGGGGAACUCAGUACUUAAGAUGUUUUAAACGCAUACAGCAAAGGCAAUACGCCCAGCCAUACCCACUUCCAAGUGCCUUUUUCUAAUUGUAUAGAUGAUGAGUCAAUGUAAAUUUGUGUUUAUUUUUAUAUGAUUGAAUGCAUUUUGUAUGAAAGUGAGAUGUUGUCUAUAGUUAUGCCUAUGAACAACCUGAAGAUUUGUAAAACUAUAUUUCAUUUUUUAAAAAAUACAUUUUUCAAAGUUUUUUUUACAAUAAACCUUUUUCAU